UUGUAGUGUAUAUGUUUGUUGUACUGUAUGUAUGUUUUUUUAAACAUGUCUUUAAAUUAUUGUAAUACUUAAGUGUUCAAGUAUUCAAAUAGAUAUAGAUAAAAAAAAAUUUGAUAAACAAUAAUAAACUCUAAACUCAUCCCCAAAAAAAAAUAUUUGUUAUUUUUUUGUUGUUGAAUACUGUGUGCCUACCUGUGAAUAUAGUGUGCACCCAUACCAUACCCAUACCUAAAUAAUAAUGUAUAAGCUAACUACUAUACUACUAGUUAUCUGUUAUCUACCCUAUCUGAUUGUUACCCAAUACUACUCGUCAUCCCAUGGUGGUGGUGCGGGUGGUUAUGGAGGUGCCAAAUAUGACCCCCAACGUGAAUACUCUAGCGAAUUGGCCAGUAUCUAUACUAAAUAUUUAACUGCCGGUGCCCAACAACACGGUUGCGGUAAUGCUGGCGGCUAUGGUGGUCCUGGUAAAUCGUUUAGCCAGCUAACCGAUCACGACCUACAGGAAGCCCAGGCCUACGCCGGCCAGCAGAUCCAGGUCUACGAAAAUCAAAAUCAACAAUACCUGGCCAUUGAUCCGCGCGGUCUAAACUUUUCGGCCUAUAUUUUCGGCGCUAUCCUACAGUCCCGUUACAAUGAGUUUACCACUGAAUAUUUGAUGAGCAAGAAAUGUAUAUCACGAUUAGAGUCGGCAUCCGUACUACCUAAGCUGGGUGUACCCCUCAAUAAAAAUCAAGAGUACUGUAACCUAAACAAGCCUACCAGUGCCGAUAUCCAAUGCGACCAAAAAUACAAGUAUCGCCUAAUGAACGGCCGGUGCAAUAACUUACACAAUACUAACUGGGGUUCAAGUUUUCACUGUCAUCGCCGACUGUUGCCACCCGAUUUUGCCGACGGUAUCAAUAGGCCACGUGCCGGUACCGAUGGCCUACCCCUACCGAGUCCCCGGUUAUUAACCGAAUUUAUUAUGCCCGACAUACCCGUCCAGGACGACAAGCGAUCGGGUAUGAACAUGGCCUGGGGUCAGUUUAUGGUACACGACAGUUUCCGUACCAUACAGAAUCUGGGUCUGGCCAUCAACUGUUGUCUGAUACCCAAUGUUACCGUACAUCCCGAAUGUGCACCGAUAACCAACUUUCCCCAGGACGAGGCCACACUGGCCUUCAACAAACAACAGUGUAUCAAUACGGUCCGAUCGGCAUCGUGCAAUACGUGCAGUCUAGGUCCUCGGGAUCAGCUGAAUGUGGCCACACAGGUGCUCGACCUGUCCAACCUAUACGGCGGUAAUCUAAUCGAUGACACACUGACUUUGAGAAGUUUUAUUAAAGGUCAAAUGCGUGGCUCAUUGGAUGUCAACGGCAAUGAGACACUACCGGUCCGGCGACUGCCCAAAGAACAGGACACCCUAGACCUAACCCCCUGUAACGAACCGAUGGGCAACCCGGAGCUUACUUGCUAUCAUACCGGUGACGGUAUUCGGGGUAACCAACAACCGGGUGUCAAUUCAAUACACAUAAUGAUGCGCAAACGUCAUAACCAACAUGCCAAGGCACUGGCCUAUGUUAACCCCCACUGGGACGAUGAGAUACUGUUCCAGGAGGCCAGACGUCUAUUGAUCGCCGAAACCACUAAAAUACAUUACGCCGAAUAUAUGCCAUCGAUUUUGGGCGAAAAAUUGAUGGACUAUUUCGGUCUGAAUGUCCAACACGACGGCCACACCCAAUACAAUCCGCACAUCGAUCCGUCAACCCUGCAAUCGGUAGCCGUGGCCGCUCUCCGUAUGGGUCAUUCGCAAAUAUUUUCCCGAUUUAAUGUCCUCAACAAAGGCAACGGCAAUAACCCGCACGGAUUUGGCCAACAAAAACAAUCGUAUAGUUUUCUAUUGAGAAACAAGUUUUUCGAAAUGUCCGACAUUUGGUUGGGAAAUUCCCAGGGUAUCCUACGUGGUCUGAUUGAAGGCGAAUCCGACAAUCAAGUCGAUCCGUUUAUUGUUACCGAUGUCAAAGAUUUCUUGUUUUUCAACCCCCGUACGACUACUAACGGUAAAUCAGUGAUCACACAGCCGUCGGUAAUUGACUUAUCGGCCAUCAAUAUCAAUCGUGGCCGCGAACACGGCGUAGCCGGCUAUGUCUACUAUCUUGAGUACUGUACCGGCGCUCAGAUUAAGUCGUGGCAAGAUUUGGCCCAAUUUAUACCCGACUCACGUAUUAAACGACUGCGCGAUGCCUACAGAAAUGUCGGCGACAUUGACCUGUUUGUUGGCGGCCUAUCCGAGAACCGGGCAUUCGGUUCGAUACUUGGACCGACUUUUGCCUGUCUGAAUGGCAUACAGUUUCACCACUGGAAAUAUGGCGACCGUUUCUACUUUGAACACGGUGGCCAGGCCGGUUCAUUCAAAUCACAACAAUUGAAAAACAUCCGCCAGACAUCAUCGCUGGCCAACUUGAUCUGCAAGACCAACGACUUUGACUCAGUUCAGGCCAAUCCACAGUUCCUGCCGUCCGAUCACAACCCGAAAGUGCCGUGUCAUGCGUUGGCCGAAAUUGAUUACGAGCUCUGGCGGGAAACACCCGCCUACGGAAGCUUGGAGUAUAAAAAGAAAUAAUUUUUUAAUUAAUUAAUUAAAUAAUAAUUAUU